AUGGCGGGAGGACCAUCGGGCACAAGCCGAGUGGAUGCAUGCAAAAAUCCCAACGACCCGGAACCACGUUAUAGCGAUUAUUCUAGACAUUUUACUAAUGGAGUCACUUGCGUUCCCGAAUUCUGGGGAUCGUUCGCUUUCAGGAUAGUAUGGCUCGCCUUUGUGCAAAUCUACGACAUCAUCAACGUCUUUUCAACAAGUGCCGAGUCAAGGGGAUGCACUGGAAACAUGAACGAGGUGGGAUUUGGCGAGAUCAUCUCUCUGGUGCUCCUGGUUUCCCCUUUGAUGGCUGCGAUCGAGGCCCGCGAUGAUUACAAUGAUAAGAAGAGUCGGCAAAAGCAUGAUAGGAAAGAGAACUUAGCGUCUGAAGAGGGAAACGAGACGAGCAGCAUCGCACCAGAGCCGGCUCCGAUCUCCUCUACUGUAACAUUGCCAAGCGCUGUUGAAGCACUGUCGAGACUCUUGACCUAUCCAACAUAG